AUGAAAUAUCUUUACAAAUAUAUUUACAAAAGUCAUGACUGUGCUACUUUUGAUGUGAUCUCUGAACAAAGCGAUCAACCUGUUGAUGAAAUUCAAUUAUUCCAAUUAGGUCGAUGGAUUGUUCCACCUGAAGCUAUGUGGAGAAUUUUUGGCUUUAUUGUAAAUGAAAUGCAUCCAACAGUGUAUAGCUUACACUUACAUCUUGAAAAUCAACAUCUGGUGACUUUUCCUGCAAAGCAAAGCUUAAACAAUAUUGUCAAUUCUGAUUUUUAUGCAAAAUCGAUGUUAACAAAAAUUUUUUCAACAGAUCGUGUAAAUGAAAACUCUCGAACGUUGUUGUAUAAAGAAUUUCCUGAAUUUUUCGUUUGGAGCAAUCAACAUAAAACUUGGACUCCUCGAAAGAAACAAACAGUUAUUGGCAGAAUUGUUGCGGCAAAUCCAUUUGAAGGUGAAAGGUAUUAUCUACGGAUAUUAUUGAACCAUAUAAGAGGUCCUCUAUCUUUUGGGCACCUCAAAACAAUUAAUGGUGUUAUUGCUCCAACAUUUGGUGAAGCAGCUACAUUGCAUGGAUUAUCAGAGUCAGAUACAUCCUUAGAAGAUUGUUUACGUGAAGCAUCACUAUAUCAAAUUCCAUACAGUUUGAAGAUACUAUUUGCUACAAUUUUGGUUUAUUGUAAUCCUACAAAUCCAAGAGAACUGUGGGAGCAUUUUGAAGAAAACAUGUCAGCUGACUUUAAAAGAGUUGAGAGUAACUCUGUCAAUACAAGAAAAGAAGUUUUACGCCAUAUUUCUUCUACACUUGAGUCAAUGGGAAAAGACAUCAACAUAUUUCAUCUUUUAGAUCAUGAUAUUUCUUUUGAUGAAGAUGAACUUCAAUCUAGAGAGAUUAAUGAUGAAUUAGCAAUCAUGAUUUCAAAAGAAGACCUUAUAGCAUCAACAAUUCGAAAUGAUGAACAACAACAUGCUUAUGAUUCAAUUUUACAAAGGUUUUCUCAAAUCAGGCAAACUCUUUCUUUAUUGAUGGUCCUUGUGGAACAGGAAAAAUAUUUCUACAUAAAGAUCUUCUUGCUACAUUAA